ACACCCCUAAGCCACCGCACCACAUCUCGCUCGAAGAUCUAUGGCAGACCGGGAGACUAAUGUCAUGAGGUUGACCUUGUCAAUCUGUACAAAUUUCUAAGCAUAUCAAUAGCCAAUCCCAGUUCCUUCGCUCCUUGCAAUCCUCUAAUUUCAGGAUCAUGAGGCUUUCUGGGAUCGUAGAACGAACUAAGAAAUUCGGAUAGAACUAAACCCAAAUUAGUUAUAAUUAGUAAGGAAUUAUACCUUGAUGUAUGUACUCUUCGAAGUUCCAAGUCUCAAAACACUCCAUAAAUUGUAUUAUUUUUGCUUAAUCCUUUCUGAGUUCUUUCUGUCCUGUUUGAUUUCUUUGGGGUUGGUCUAACAAUGGGGAAAGUUUGGUUGGUUUUUGUUGUUUUGGUGAUGUGUGUUGUUGCAGUGGAAUCCGCACAUCCACCGGCGUCGGCUGCCGACUGUUCGACUGUUAAACUGAAUAUAUCAGAUUGUUUCUCAUUCGUGGCUAAUGGAAGCAAAGAAUCGAAGCCGCAGAGCACUUGCUGUUCUGGGUUGAAGACGGUUUUGAAGACUAAUGCCGAGUGUCUCUGUGAGGGUUUCAGGAACAGUGCUCAGUUUGGGGUAGCACUUAACAUGACUAAGGCUCUCACUCUUCCUUCUGCAUGUGGGGUUUCUACUAUUUCCUUCAGUAACUGUGGGGAGAUAACGAGCUCAAUAGGGGGACUUUUCCUUUCUUCAGGUGCUGCAAUGUUGCCACAUCCUUCCAAGGCAUUGACAGGUGGAGAGGAUGCUUUUUUUGUCGCACCUAAUUGGUUAGGUGUAGCUGACGGAGUUGGUCAGUGGUCACUUAAAGGUAUUAAUGCAGGACUGUAUGCCCGUGAAUUAAUGGAGGCUUGUGCGAAGAUGGUUUCAGAAUUUCAAGGAGCUCAACUAAUUAAGCCAGAAGAAAUUCUUAUUCGAAGUGCUGCAGAAGCAAGUUCUUUGGGUUCGGCUACAGUUUUGGUUGUUUAUUUUGAUGGUCAGGCUCUCAAUGUGGCAAAUAUUGGGGACUCUGGUUUCAUCAUAAUAAGAAAUGGCUCUGUUUUUAGAAGGUCCUCCCCAAUGGUUCAUGGAUUCAAUUUUCCAUUGCAGAUUAGAAGAGGGGACGAUCCAUCAGAGCUUAUAGAGGGAUACAAAAUUGAUUUGGAUGAGGGCGACAUGGUUAUCACUGCAACAGAUGGGCUUUUUGACAAUCUUUAUGAACAAGAAAUAGAAAUGAUUGUAUCAAAAUCAUUGGAAGCCAGUCUGAAACCUAAGGAAAUAGCAGAAUUCUUAGCUUCAAGAGCACAACAAGUGGGGAAGUCAGAAUCAGCAAUGAGUCCUUUUGCAGAUGCUGCCAGGGCAGCUGGGUACACAGGAGAUAUUGGUGGUAAGCUUGAUGAUGUUACUGUUAUUGUUUCUUUUGUACAACAAAACUUCAACUUCCAGUCAGAGUGAUUCAAUCUUCAUUGUAUUCUUUUAAAUUUGCUUUUUUUGAUAAAUUUGUAUUCUGUAAUUUGAUGCUGUCAAUAUACCAAUAAGAUUUGCAGUUUUUCCCUA